UCAAUCAAGUUAGCUUCUGUCAGUCGCUGUGUUUGUGUAUAGUAUUGUAAAAAAAUUAUCUGUGUCGAUGAAUCUCAAUGGGAAAUUGUGCUGAUUACGGCUCCAAAAGAUGGGUCGGUCGUUGUGUUUAUGUUUCUGAUGCGUUGUUUUAAUAGUGAUAAUGGCCAAGUGAUUGAUGAAGUGAAGUGUUUUGUGUCGUAUGUUGGCCAGUCAAGGCAACAGCGAGGGCUUUUCUUUGGAUAAAUCGUCCUCAAGACGACGUUGAACCACAGAAUAGGAAGGUGACAGCAUGUCGGCAAAAAAUAUCCCAGGAGAUAAGAUAAACCUUCGCCUGAUCUUGGUGUCCGGCAAGACAAAGGAGUUCGUGUUCAGCCCCAUCGACUCGGCCGGUGACAUCGCCAUACAUGUCUACGACAACUGGCCCGAAGCCGAUUGGACAUCGGAAUGCGUGUCGCGCGCGGAGAUCCUGCGUCUGAUAUACCAGGGCCGGUUCCUGCACAGCUCGGUGACACUCGGGGCGCUCGGGCUGCCCCUGGGGCGCACCACCGUAAUGCACUUAGUGCCACGCGAACACCUGCCCGAGCCGAACUCACACGAUCAGCGGCAAAAGAGUAAGGGCGGUUCGAGCAGUUGCUGUUCGGCAUCCUGCUGCAUAUUGUAAUAGGUAGAGAGAGACGGACGGCGGGCGCGGCGGUUGACAGCUGAUCGGGGCUAUUCGGGACUUAUGUGUUCAGUGGUGCACGAGUGCGCUCGCCCUAGCGCGCUCGUGAUGUAACAAAAACCAAACCAACUCGGAUCGACAACACGAAUGAAACAUUCGAAAUAUGAAUCACCCAAUUACAAGAAAAAUAACAAAACGCACACAUUCGAAUUUUGAGAACAUCACGAGAAACGAUUCAAAAUUUAAAUCGACACUGUUUGAUUUCAUGGUAUAAAUUAAAAAAUCUGGAGUAGCUUUAUUAUGAGCGAUCUUGUAUAUUAUUCUCACCGCGUAAAUUAUUAUCUCGUAUAGGAAUCAUGCUGCCGAAAUAUUAUUAUUAAAAUUAGUAGAGUAUUCGGUAUGUAAGUUUUAUCAAAAGUAUAAGUAUUCUAGGCGGAGGGGCGUGAACGUUAUUGGAAUUGCUCCGAUGCGGUCACGGUCAGGGCUGCUACAAUCCUGACCGUCCGACACG